AUGGGCUUCCUGUCACCGUUACUGCCGCCCAUGGCCCCGACGACUGACUCUGACUGGGACACCAAGGUCAUCAUGCACAACGAAGUAUGGAAGACGGUAGAGACGAAGAGGCUAAACAGCGGAGAUGUGUUCAGGAAAAGCUUCGUGAGCAAGGAGGCUCUGACCAAACUGCACCUAGCAUGGUCUCUCCCGCUCCCAAUUCUGGACCUAGAUUUUCGGAUGGCCGUCACAUCAAACCCAAAUGUUGCUACUGUGGCAAUCGGCCCUGGCUUCAAGAAAUGGACUACUUUUACCGAGGGCGCUUGGUCCGGGGUUCUAGGUAGUGGAUCGGUCGUCACAUGUUCACCAAGGCUUCCCCAGUCCCUCCCAGUUGUUGCUUACAUCAGAUGCUCCAGGGCGGCGGGCAAGAUUCUACAGAUGUUGCGAUAG